AUGGAAAAUGCUGACAGCAUCCCUCCAACUUCCAUCCCCACUGUGGACAUCAGCGCCUGGGUCGACGAACAUGCCCCAGAGACCGCCAAAGACGAGGUCGUCAAUGCUAUGCGCGAUGCAUGUUCAACACUCGGCUUUUUCUAUCUCGUCGGUCACGGGAUUCCCGAGGAAGAUCGCCACACCGUCCUCGAAUGCACUCGUCGGUAUUUCGCCCUUCCAACAGAAGAAAAGAUGGAUACUUGGAUUGGCAAGGCCAUGGGCAGGUCGUUCCGCGGCUAUGAGCCAUCUGCGCUGCAGGUACAUCAGGAGGUUCAAGCGUAUUUGCUGACCUUGCGCAAAAAGGGGUUUAUCAUUGGGCGUGAGACACCGGCAGAUGCCCCGGAGGCAGGGACCUUCCAUACCGGUCCCAACCAGUGGCCUAGGACACUCCGCGAAGAGGACUUCCGUAUCCCGCUGAUGGAAUACCAUGGUAAGAUGAUCGAGAUGGUGAAGGUUAUUCUGAAGGUUCUGGCACGGGGGCUUCCUGCACAAUGGAACUGUCCACCUGACGUAUUUGAUGGGUUGACGGUUGAUCCCUCUGCGCCCUUGCGAUUGCUGUAUUAUGCUCCUCAGCCGAUCAAACGAGCGCAUCAAUUUGGAGUGGGUGAGCAUACCGACUUUGGGAACGUUUCGGUCCUACUGCAAGAAGAAGGAACCGAGGGCCUGGAGGUUCUGUAUCCCCCGACGCGGACUUGGGUGCCAGUGCCGGUAAAGGCUCACUCAUAUGUGAUCAAUAUGGGCGACAUGAUGCAGAAGUGGACGGUGGGAUAUUAUCGGAGUGCGACCCACCGGGUGGUCAAUUCCAGUACCAAGGCACGGUACAGUGCUCCAUUCUUUAUGAAUGGCAACCUGGAUCUAAGAUGCCAUGCCUUAGAUGGGUCUGGGGAAGUGACUGUCAUUGGGGAACACAUUCGGCGCAGGUUAAUGGAGACGAUUGAAGGUGAGGCGGGAAGGAAGUUGGCCCUUUGA